AUGGGCAACUUUGGCUUCCAGACGCCGCCGCGCGUGGACUCGCCGCAGGAAUAUCCCAACGCUCCCACACACGAGCACCUCCUCAACUACGAGCAACUCGUCAGUCCCUGGAACUUCGACCUAUCGCCAGCCUUCAGCACGAUCCCAUCCGUCGACCCAUUCGAGCCCAGCAACGCGUCUACACCCAUUCGCCACACUCAGAAGGACUCCCUCGACACCACCUCAGAAGAGAUGCAACACCCCUCGACAACCUUGCCGCGGUCGCGCUCCCCCUCGCCCACCCCCAUCACCCUCUUCACCAACCCCCUCUACAACAUCUACCAGCCCUCCACCUGGCCCAUCGUCUACCUGCCCUACCACACGACCCCCGGCUUCAGCACGCCGACGCACAUCAGCGAAAUGCUGUGCCACGUGCACUACAAAGGCGCAGGCGCGCUCGCGCUCCACGACCUACUGGUGGCGGAGAUGCAAGCCGCGCAGACGGAAGAGGAAAAGGUAAGAAUUGAGUUUUCUGCUGGAAUGACGGAGGGAGAGGAGCAAGUUUGGAUGGAGGAUGUGCGCAGGUAUUAUACUAAUGUGGAGUUGGGGGUGGAUGAGGAUGGGUGGGGUGAGGUGCAGGUGGUGGUUGAGGAUUGGGGAGAGCAGAGGGAGGUGGAGGGCGUGGAGGAGAUUUUGGAGAGGUUUGGGCUUGGAGAGGAGGGUGGUCGCGAUGAUGGGAUGGUGGGGGAGAUGCGAGAUGGAGAGCAGUGA